AUGUUCUCAGAGCAUCUAUUAUCGAAACAGGGUCCGUUAGCUCAUGUUUGGCUAGCUGCUAACUACGACCGGAAAUUGUCCAAGCAACAAUUAUUGAGCACCAAUAUAGUCAAAACAUCACAAUUUAUCACCGGGUCGAACAACAGUGGCAAUUCUGCGGAGGGCACCAUAACACUCAGGUUAUCUGGACAGCUUUUGUCGGGGAUAGUCCGAAUUUACUCCAGGAAGACAAAGUAUCUUUUGGAUGAUGUCAAUGACAUCUUGUACAAGUUGAAGAACUCGUUCAGAUUUGUCACAUCGGGGAUAAGUGAAGCAAGUUCCGCUGGAGGUUCUGGAGGAGCAGCGGGCGCGUUAAGUGGCGGAGGAGCCUCUUCUAUUGUGGCCAUAACAUUGCCAGCGCAGCAGACGAUCGUCAACGUAAACCUGAUUACCUUGGCAGAUCAGGUCACCAACUUUGACUUGUUGUACCAAAAGGAUUUGAACCUUGACGAUGAGGUGCUGGGCAGCAACGAACGCUCUACGAGAGACAGCUUUGGUGGGUCGUCGUCGGAUGACUUUUCUUUGGAUGACCACUCAUUCAACUUCGAUCAGUCCAUUGAGUACCCUAGAAACAUCGAGUUCAACGAAGACGACAACCAGGACGUUGACUUGGACUUGGACUUCGACUUGACUGAAGAUGACAAUACCGGUAAAAAUACUACUGAUGCUGCUGUAGAUAAUUCUGACAUAUCCAUAGAGCUUGGAAGAGAUGCAGGCCAAGCUCAAGCACCUGAUCUCUCAAUGUUGGACUUCGACUUCGACGAGCCCUUGGAAAUUGUUCCUGUGGUGGAAACUGCUAAUGUUGAAGGUAACGCAGAAACUGCCGCUGCAGCUGCUGUUGCUCCACGUCCAAAGAGGAAGCUCGUUGGAAUAACUGAAGAAGGACAUUUAAAAACCGUCAAAAGAAGGUUGAUAGUCGACUCUCAAAGCGAUGUGGAAACAGGAAUUCCAAUUCAAAAUUUGAGAACCAUCCAACAAGAACAAUUGCAAAUGAAUGACGAUGGCUACAUCACCAUUGAGUUGUCUGAGAAUGACAAACUACAGCUCAUAAACGAAUUGGCUGAGCCAACUACUUUUAAUAGAAAGAGGUCCAUUUGGGAUAUUGACAAUACAUUGAAAAGAACUUGUUUAGAGUUGAGCGAACAAGAAGUCCGCCUUGGAUCCGAUGCUGGGUCUCCUGUCAAUUUUGACAAUACUUUAGAUUUCGAUUUAUCAUUACCAGACUUGGAGUCGGACCAUGAAUCACCACAGCAACUUCACGAUAUCUUAGAAGAUGAUAACGUUAACCAAGAAGGUGAUGAAGACGAGUUCUCCGAUAAUAAAACAAAGUCAACAAUUCAAAUAGCUGAACAUUUAAGACAAACCUUUAUCGAAGGAGAUGAGGUGACUUCUCUUAGUGACAUCAUAGCAAAGGAUUUGUCCCUUUCAGAUGAAGACAAAUCUCCUUUGGGAGUAGUCUCCACGGGUGAUAGUCUCAUAAACCAAAAAAGAGAAGCUACCAAGUGCUUUUUCGAAUUGUUGGUCUUGGCAACCAAUGAUUGUAUUUCAAUUGAACAACAGAAGCUCGGAAAGACUGAAAUUGGUGGUAACAUAAGCAUUAGGUCCAGAGACAAUCUUUAUUCCAGUUUUCUCUAG